AUGGAAUCAUAUCGACGAAUUGUCAGAACUCACGGUAACGCUUCUUUCACCAUUCACGAUAAAACUCGUUUAUGUGUUCAAGCAGCCGAGAUGAUCCCACUCAAUGUGGGCGAUAUGUUCGAAUUGGGUUGUCUCCUUAGGCACCUCUUCAAUCAAUACCCUCUUCUUCGAGGAUAUUAUUGGUCUAAAACCGGUGGCAAGGAUACAACGCACGGAAUGAAGAUUUUUCUCGAGACCAAGGCCGACCGACUUCUUGCAAAAGGUGGAGUCGUGUACAAUACCCUUGUCGCUCAUCAUUUCGACCCAACAGUACUGUGCUACCCUGUAGGCAGAAAUGACGAUGGCAAGGCGACUCCACGAUAUAUAACGAUACAAGCGUGCGUGGCCGUAAUGGAAUGGUCGAUACGAUAUAAGGAGGAACUGGACAAUGCAGCAAAGGACAAUCGACUACCAAAGUUAGUCUGGUCAGUGAAAGGGAAAGCGGAAGAUCUGGAUAACGUAGUGCUGCUCCCCCACCAUAUGCACAAAUACGUUACUCUCCAACUCUACCCCUCCUUUUCCAAGAUGCCUGUCGCCAAAAAGAAUCAACACUUUUCACUCGUUCUCCAGGAUCUAAAUAAUUUGGUUAUCUGGGACUCGGAUAGAACCAAUCGGAAGAAAGUGAUGGUUGAAUUCUACCCCGUUGGCAUACCAGGUGACUCCAACUCAACUCAACAUCCAGUGAUUGUGUGGAGACACAUGAACACGUUAGUCGAUCCCUCGCAAUAUAACCCCUCGACCAGUUUCGGGAAAUUUGAUCGUUCGGCUCAACCAGACUGGGAAAGCUUACUAUGUACAGAGUACAAGAAGGCCAUAAAGUCUCGGAUUACGAGGGUAAACAAGCUUGAACAAGGGCUACAGUCCUCUACGUCGUCCCAACCUCCAGCAUCGAAUCAGAUCGCCAACAUUCCUGGCCAUCCAGUUCCACCGGUUUCACCUGCUCCUUUCGCAUCUUCGUCGACCUGGAAGCCUGGAAAAACCGCUAAAGUGGCUGCACCACCACGCGAAACAACUCCUGAGGCGUUGCACGAAGUCCCUCUUAAUGCAGACACUACCGAUACACCCAGGAAGACAGACCGGAAAGGCAAGGGGAAGAUGAUUGACUCACCGUCCGAUGAGAACGAUACCUGCAGUGACCGCAAAGGAAAGGGCAAGAUGGUCGACCCAUUAGUCAAGCCAGGAAGAAGGCUCAGAUCUUCUCUUUCGGGAUUGAGAGGAAUCGACAUCCCAUUCGAGCAACCUGAUCCCACGACUACGGCAAACAGCAUGACCAACCCGAUCGAAAUCCCUGACUCAGACGAUGAACAACCUGGUCCGUCCAAGAAAAGGAAAUUUCGAAAACCGCUCAUGAUCUUGGACUCCGAUGAUGAUGGCGAUUGA